GCUCGCCCUCCAGACUCCCGCCCGGUUCCUGGUUAAGAUGGCGUCCCCCGCGGCCGCGCUGGCGGGCAGGCUGCUGCGAGACCUGGCGCUCCGGCCCCGGUUCCUGGCUCCCGGGUCCCAGGCAGUUCAGUGCACCUCCAGAAGAUGGCUCAACCUGCAGGAAUACCAGAGCAAGAAACUGAUGUCUGACAAUGGAGUGAGAGUUCAAAGAUUCUUUGUAGCGAGCACUGCAAAUGAAGCUCUGGAGGCUGCUAAGAGACUAAAUGCAAAAGAGAUUGUUCUGAAAGCUCAGAUCUUAGCUGGAGGAAGAGGAAAAGGCGUCUUCAAUAGUGGCCUGAAAGGAGGUGUUCAUUUAACAAAAGACCCCAAAGUUGUGGGACAGUUGGCUAAACAGAUGAUUGGGUAUAACCUAGCAACAAAACAAACUCCGAAAGAAGGUGUGAAAGUUAACAAGGUGAUGAUUGCUGAAGCCCUGGACAUUUCCAGAGAAACCUACUUAGCGAUUCUGAUGGACCGAGCCUACAAUGGCCCUGUGCUGGUGGGCAGCCCCCAGGGUGGAGUUGACAUUGAAGAGGUGGCCGCUUCAAAUCCAGAACUUAUUUUUAAGGAGCCAAUUGACAUUUUUGAAGGGAUAAAGGACAGCCAAGCUCAGCGGAUGGCAGAAAAUCUGGGCUUCCUUGGGCCUUUGAAAAAUCAGGCUGCAGAUCAAAUUAAGAAGCUGUAUAAUCUCUUCCUGAAAAUUGAUGCUACUCAGGUGGAAGUGAAUCCCUUUGGUGAGACUCCAGAAGGCCAAGUUGUCUGUUUUGAUGCCAAGAUAAACUUUGAUGACAAUGCUGAAUUCCGACAAAAGGAGAUAUUUGCUAUGGAUGACAAAUCAGAGAAUGAGCCCAUUGAAAAUGAAGCUGCCAGAUACGAUCUAAAAUACAUAGGACUGGAUGGGAACAUUGCGUGCUUUGUGAAUGGUGCGGGACUAGCCAUGGCUACUUGUGAUAUCAUUUUCCUAAAUGGUGGGAAGCCAGCCAACUUCUUGGAUCUGGGAGGCGGUGUAAAGGAAUCUCAAGUGUAUCAAGCAUUCAAAUUGCUCACCUCUGAUCCUAAGGUUGAAGCCAUCUUAGUCAAUAUUUUCGGUGGUAUCGUCAACUGCGCCAUCAUUGCCAAUGGAAUCACCAAAGCCUGCCGGGAACUAGAACUGAAAGUGCCCCUGGUGGUCCGCCUUGAAGGAACCAAUGUCCAGGAGGCUCAGAACAUACUCAACAACAGUGGGCUGCCCAUUACCUCGGCUGUGGACCUGGAGGACGCGGCCAAGAAGGCUGUGGCCAGCGUGGGAAAGAAGUGAUGUCUUCUGCCUGCUCCUGCUGGGGCUGUUUUCCCAAUGGCUCCCUCAUUGUGAAGAAGAAGGAGAAGCAAAAACGGUUCUCUCACUGGGAGAAAAUGGGGGAGGACCUGAACAAGAAUCACUGUGUGGAAAAUCUUAGAUCUGUGUCUUCUUAGAUAAAUUAUCCAGACAGCCUAGUCUGAUUUUCCUUAUAUAGUCUCUGUUUGCAAGCUUUUGCCAACUUUGGGGAGCUGUCUCUGGCCCAAUAAUGUGCAUAUAUACGAAAAUUUAAUUAAGGCAAGCCUCGGAUCGUUGAGAAGAAUGUUGGUGAAUAUUUACCCCAUAGUAAAAAAAACCACGAGCCAUAAACACCUCAAAUAGGAUUCCAUUUAACAUAUUAACUAUCAAAAGGGCAGAGCUAAGACAUUCAAGCAAAUAGUUAUUACACACUGUGGCAGUUUUUAUAAGUUUCUAAUUCCAACACAUCUUUAGAAAAAUUAUGAAUAUUCUAAAAUAUAUUUUACAGUGCAAGUUCUACAUUAAUAUACCAUACACAUAUUUUACCACUUGCCUUAAUAUUGAAUAUUGUUUACUUCAAAUUAAAAGUACAGCCAGCAGCCUUAUUUGUGAUUUUGUAGUAGGUUUCAUUUUAAUUUCAAUACUGGUAAGUGCUGAUUCUUAUGGACAUCUCUAUAAUUAAGUCACUUCAAAAUGAGACACCUCCAAAGAUGGAAUUAUGUCAAGAAUAUCAUUUCUCCUUACUGACUGUCACCUCCAAGAUUUACCAGUUUGCAGCAGAAAAAUGGGAAGAGGUACUUUUGAAGUGAAUGUGGCCUUUCACCGUUAUAGCCAUUUUUGUUGAAAAUUUAUAGGUUUCUAUUUAAAUUUUGGUAAAAUUUUUAUCUUUAUGCAAAUUUAAAUAAAAUCGUAUGUUUUGUAAGCACUAAGAUA